AUGAUGGAAAGCACUCUCGCCCAACAAAUGGAUCGGCUCAAUCGUCAGACUUUCGAUAAUUCGUACAACUCAUCGAUUAUGAAUGCCACGUGCCCAGCAGCGAUUCAAUUCAGCGAUUCGUCACUGAAUAAAAGCAUGUCAAUGCGUCAGGAAAAUUUCAGCAAGGGUCAAAGAGAGGACGCGGAGCCGAUACGAGUGUUCAACGAGUCGAUAAUGACGACCAAUUUGCACAACGCGAUUAUCAGCCAAGAUCGUGACGUACUUCCUGAUGAGAUUCGUGAAACCUUGAUCAAGAAGCGAAGAAAGGAUGAAGCUUAUAAAACCGCAUUGUGCGAUGCUUAUCGUAAAACGAAACAAUGCAGUUACGGCGAGAAUUGCCGUUUUGCUCACGGAAUCGAAGAGCUCCGUCUAGCUCAUCCUCGCGGUCGAAUUCAUCCCAAAUACAAGACGGUGCUUUGCGAGAAUUUCUCGAAGAACGGCAUCUGCAAAUACGGCGAACGCUGCCAAUUCAUUCAUUCGAGUCGCGUCAUGCCGCCCGCCAUGAUGGACUACUUCGCCAAUUUGACACUUCAAGCGAAUAUUAUGGCACCGCUUCCGCAAUAUCAGACCUACCCCUACCAGCAGCAACAGCAUCAGCAGACUCAGCAGCUGAAUUCGCAAGCACUCAGAAGACCUAUGAAUCAUAUGAAUCAUACGUUCAAUGCUGAAAUGGACAACUUCUGCGGCCUCACAAACCAUCAGAAUCAUAAGAUGUUUGAUAGCUUUUACACGAACCGCUAA